AUGUCGUUUCCAGUGUUGCCAUUCGUUGACCCUGUUGUCGACAAGGAAGCCAUCCAGAAGUUUUCGUUUAUCGGGAAUGUUUUAUUACCAUUGAAAUCUGUUCAAAUCUCAAAGUAUUUUGCUAGUCAAUUUCCCCACCACCUUGAAGUUUAUGUUGAUGCUGAAGAUGAACCAAUCGAUAUUGAUAAAGUAAUUGAAUUAUUAAAUAAUGGAGUUAGUAGAGUUUUUAUUAAUGAAUCUGAUGUUGAAUCAAUUAUUUUUUCAAAUGAUUUACCAACUAGUAGAUUUGCAGUUAGAUUACUGUCAGAUGAUGUUUCAGAAGCUUUAUUAAAUUCUCAAGUUUCAUUUGUUUUAACUAAGGUUCACCCUGAUAUUAAAUCAUUAAUAAAUAAUGGGAAUAGAACAGUUUAUUAUGAUGCUCCAUCUAUUGGAGAAAAAUCUGCUCUUGAAUUAGUAAGUCAAGGUUAUACUCCAAUAAUUUCCAGUAAAAAAUUAACUUUAUUAGCAUUAGAAACUGGUAAAAUAUCAGUAUCUGAAUUAUUUGUUAGUACUUUAAAUACUGAUCGUUCUGAUGGACUUUAUACUACUUUAAUUACUAGUCCAGCUCCAAGUUAUACAGCCUUGGGAGUUGUUUAUUCUUCUAAAGCUUCUUUAAAAGCAGCUAUUGCUGAAAAAGUUGGAGUAUAUCAAUCAAGAAGACGUCCUGAUAGAUUAUGGUAUAAAGGUCAAACCAGUGGUGCGACUCAAAAAUUAGUUAAAAUUGAAAAGGAUUGUGAUUCAGAUAUAGUUAAAUUUAUUGUUGAACAAAAGGUUGGUUCAGGUUUCUGUCAUCUUGAAAGUAAUUAUACAUGUUUUCACGAUGGUCAAUUAGAUAAUAAAGAUGAAGGUUUUGGUAUAGGUUUAAGUAAAUUAGAUUCCACUUUAGCUAAAAGAAAAGAAUCAGCUCCUGAAGGAUCUUAUACUCAAAGAUUAUUUAAUGAUGAAAAAUUAUUAAUUUCCAAAUUAAAGGAAGAACUUGAUGAACUUAUCGAAGCUGGUCAAAACAAAGAUACUAAUGAAGUUGCAUGGGAAAGUGCAGACUUAUUUUAUUUUGCUAUGGUUUGGGCUGUAAAACAUGGUGUUAGAUUAGCAGAUAUUGAAAAGAAUUUAGAUAUUAAAUCUAAAAAAGUUACUAGAAGAAAAGGUGAUGCAAAACCUGCUUAUCAAGAAAAGGAAUUACCUAAAAUUCCAGCCGAACCAGUCUUACCAGACUAUAAAUUACAAAUAAUUGAAAAUGCUCAUAAUAAUGAAAAAGGUCUUCAAAAGGCUUUAUCAAGACCAGUUCAAAAGACUUCAGAUAUCAUGAAAUUAGUUUUACCUAUAAUUCAACAAGUUCAAAAAGAUGGUGAUGAUGCCUUAAUUCAAUUAACUGCCAAAUUUGACGGUGUUAAAUUGGAUUCUCCAGUAUUAAAUGCUCCAUUCCCACAAGAAUUAAUGAAUAUUUCUCAAGAAAUGAAAGAAGCUAUUGAUUUGUCUAUUUCAAAUAUUGAAAAAUUCCACUCUGCUCAAUUACCUAAAGAUCCAUUUAUGACAGUUGAAACUGCUCCAGGAGUUUAUUGUUCAAGAUUUGCUAAACCAAUUGAAAAUGUUGGUUUAUAUGUUCCUGGUGGAACUGCUGUGUUACCAUCAACUGCUAUGAUGUUAGGUGUUCCAGCCAAAGUUGCUGGAUGUCAAAAUAUUAUUGUUGCUUCUCCACCUUCUAAACAAACAGGUAAAUUAACUCCGGAAGUUGUUUACGUUGCUCAUAAAAUUGGUGCUAAAUCUAUUGUUUUAGCUGGUGGAGCUCAAGCUGUUGCUGCUAUGGCUUAUGGUACUGAAAGUGUAUUAAAAUGUGAUAAAAUCUUAGGCCCAGGUAAUCAAUUUGUUACUGCUGCUAAAAUGCAUGUACAAAAUGAUACUCAAGCCUUAUGUUCAAUUGAUAUGCCUGCUGGACCAUCAGAAGUUUUAGUUAUCGCUGAUGAUAAAGCUGAUGCUGAUUUUGUUGCUUCUGAUUUAUUAUCUCAAGCUGAGCAUGGUGUUGAUUCUCAAGUUAUUUUAAUUGGAGUUAAUUUGAGUAAACAAAAGUUAAAUGAAUUUGAAGAGGCUGUAAAGAAACAAGCUGAAGUUUUACCAAGAAAAGAUAUUGUUGCUAAAUGUUUAACACAUUCUUUUAUCUUAUUAGUGGAUACUUAUGAACAAGCAUUUGAAUUAUCUAAUAAAUAUGCUCCUGAACAUUUAAUACUUCAAAUUGAAAAUGCUCCAUCAUAUGUCCCAGAUUAUGUUCAAAAUGCUGGUUCAGUAUUUGUUGGAGCUUUAUCUCCAGAAUCCUGUGGUGAUUAUUCUAGUGGUACUAAUCAUACUUUACCUACAUAUGGUUAUGCUAAACAAUAUUCCGGAGUUAAUACUGCUACUUUCCAAAAAUUCAUUACUUCUCAAGAAGUUACAGAAAAGGGAUUACAGAGUAUAGGUAAAGCCGUCAUGACUUUGGCUGAAGUUGAAGGUUUAGAAGCUCACAGAAAUGCUGUCAAUGUUAGAAUGCAAAAAUUAGGAUUAAUUUAA